AGCUGGUGAGGAAGAAGCGUCGGUGGCGAGUCAGUUAUUGAGAUAAUCAGAGAAGAAGAGUCCUAAGCGAAGCAGGGUGAACAUAUUAUUAAGAGAGAGAAAGGAGAAGAGAGAGAGAGAGAGGAUCGCUUCGCUUCGUAUAUAAGCCAUCGAAGCCUGACGAAGUAUUUCUUUGAAGUGUGGACCGCAGAGAGAGAGAAAGCGAGAGCGAGAGCGAGAAGGGAAGAGCUAGAGAGAAGGAGAAAGGAGAGUUAUAGUGUGUGUCUCUCGCUGAUCAGACACAGGAAACCGUGGCCAUGGCAGAGUCGAGCGAUUCGGUUUCCGUCGAUAUGGAGACGAUCUCUCUUGGUGGAAAGGAACAUAUUGUACAUACUAGCCGUGGUCCUGUGUCUGUUGCGGUGUUUGGAGACCAGGAUAAGCCAGCUCUCGUCACUUAUCCUGAUUUAGCUCUAAAUCAUAUGUCCUGUUUCCAAGGCUUAUUCUUUUGCCCAGAAGCUGCUUCUUUGCUACUUGACAAUUUCUGCGUCUAUCAUAUCAGUCCUCCUGGGCAUGAGUUGGGUGCUGCUGCAAUUUCUUCCGACAUGCCUAUGCAUUCCGUUGAUGACUUAGUGGAUCAGGUUGCUGAUGUUCUCGACUUCUUUGGGCUUGGUGCAGUGAUGUGCAUGGGGGUCACGGCUGGUGCUUACAUUCUUACACUAUUUGCGAUGAAGUAUAGGGGGCGGGUUAUUGGUUUAAUACUUGUUUCUCCCCUGUGCAAAGCACCAUCGUGGACGGAAUGGUUGUAUAAUAAGGUGAUGAUAAAUUUGCUCUACUUCUAUGGAAUGUGUGGUGUGAUGAAAGAGUGCUUGCUUCAACGGUACUUCAGCAAGGAAGUUCGAGGUAGCGGACAAGUCCCAGAAUCAGAUAUUGUGCAGGCAUGCAAAAGUUUGCUAGAUGAGAGGCAGAGUGCAAAUGUGUUGCGGUUUCUUCAGGCGAUUAGUGGGAGACACGACAUCACUGAUGGACUGAAGAAAUUGCAGUGUCGGACAUUAAUCUUUGUGGGUGAAAACUCUCCUUUCCACUCUGAAGCUCUACACAUGACUUCGAAACUUGAUAGGAGAUACUGUGCAUUGGUCGAGGUUCAGGCAUGUGGAUCUAUGGUUACAGAAGAGCAGCCUCAUGCAAUGUUGAUACCCAUGGAGUAUUUCUUCAUGGGAUAUGGGCUGUAUAGACCAAGCCAGUUCAGUGGCAGUCCGAGGAGUCCAUUGUGCCCAUCGUGCAUCUCACCGGAGCUGCUCUCACCUGAAAGUAUGGGGUUGAAGCUGAAGCCCAUAAAGACGCGGGCUUCACUGCAAGUAUGAGAGUUUGUAAUGUUGACUGCUGUAAUCUUACAUUUUUUUUUUCUUUGACGAGGGGGGAGGGAGGGGAACUUUUAAAUCUUUAAUUGGUUGCCAGUGAAGGUGGGAAGGUGGUGAUGGGGAGGUGGACAAAAUGUGGUGGGUUGGUGUAGAUAAAGAAAGUAAAGGGGGGGAGAAGGGAGAGAGUAGAGUAUAGGUGAGUAGAGUAUAGGUGAGAGAGAGAGAGAGAGGGAUUGGAAUUCAUUCAUUUGUAAUCAUAAAUCGAUGAGCUGCUGAUCUGUUUGUAAAUCCUCUUUGGAUAAAUUAUUUAUGCCGACCAAUGAGCAUACGUGUAUUGUAAUAAAAAGGAAAAGAAAAAAGAAAAUGAUGGUUUUCUGG